AUGAUGACAAAGAAUAAAAACAACAACCUUCAUUUGAACUUGAACAGGCAAGACUUUAACCCAACACCAAAUGGCAGCUUUAACUCAAUACCUUUUACACCUAUUGAUCAGACUGUAAGCACACCUUUAGAAGCACCAGCACUGCCACACCCAUACCAACACCCUCACCACCCACAGCCACCUCCAUUGAAACACCAGACACUGUACUCGUUUUAUCAAGCACCCUCGGCUCCAGCUGCUCCAGCUGCUCCGGUUGCACAACAGCAGCAGCAGCAACAACAGCAGCAACAACAACAACCGAGCUCACUUUACCAGCACCCAACGCAUAAUGAAUCAGACGAUAUACUAACAGACAUUGAUGAGCCAUUAUCCUGUGGAGUAAGCAGAUGCAACACUCAAAGCAGAAACUAUAGUAUCAACAAUAACACUGGUAACUUGCCAAUGUCGAAUGGCCUUAAAAACUCAUCUAUAUCCAACUUGUCACUAAACGAGAUGAAUGUAAUGAAUUACAAUCUGCAACAACAACAGCAACAACAACAACAACAGCAACAACAGAAUGCUGCUGCUUUGGCUGCAAGGUCUCGUUCGUCACUGGUGAAUUUAAGAAAACAAUCGCUUACGAGAAAUAACUCAAACAAUUGGCUACACGUGGGUAAUAUAUACAAUUUGAGACCUCAUGGCCCCAAUGCGCCUCACGGAUCAACUGGUAUUAGCGGCCAAGCAGAGUUUAAUGUAAGCACAGACUCAUUGAUGGACUAUGUUCCACAAACAAUGAUUAACAGAACAUCGAACGCAAAUGGAGGAGGUCCCUACUCACAAUUGCCCCAAUUACAAACCAAUAUCAUCAAUGGACACUUGAACUCAAUGAUGAUGGACCACCAUAUAGAUAAUACGCCACCUGCAUCACAUAGAGGUUCAAUCAACUCUACUGGCUCGCCAGUAUCGCAACAAUUUCAACAACAACAACAACAACUGCAACAACUGCAACAACAACAACAACAACAACAACAACAACAACAACAACAACAACAACAACAACAACAACAACAACAACAACAACAACUGCAACAACAACAGCAACAGCCUUCACAAUAUGAUGCAUCCUUCCAAAAUCCCAAUGAUAUCUAUGCAAACUUGAGAAGAAACAAAAGCUCCUCAUCUACCAUGUCCUCAUCAUCGUCUUUGAGAGCAAAUAGCCACCUACAAAACUCUAUUAAUAUGGAAAGUGCAAAUAUUCAAGCCUUGAAUGCACUAAAUGGUCGGUCAGGCUCAUCGUCAAUUUCGUCACAAACAUCUACCAACAGUAACAACAACAACAACAAUUAUUAUGGUAGCGGUUUAGCAUUAGACUCACCAUUCUUAUCGGCAACUACUCCAGGUGAAGAAUAUUUUGGCAGUGCAGGUGGUGUCAGUACUCCACAGCAACUGCAGCAACAAAUGCCAGAAGACGGCGAAUGCGAAAAAGUAAACAUACCUGCACACGUUUCAUUAAAUGAAAAAAAGAGAGAUUCUUUAAAGUUGAAAAGAGGCAUCCAUUAA